AUGCGUAUAUACACCGCCAUCGCUAUUGGGGCUGUUAUGAUGCGUACGGCGUCGGCUAAAUGCAAAAUCGGCAACGCAGAAUGCGAAUGGUUCGGCAAAUCCACAGAGUGCGGCGGAACUGAGCACAAAAUUGGAGAUUGGGAUGAGGAGGGCCGCCAGCUCACCUACUGGACAAGGAGACUGAGCAUAGGGGCCCUCUUCGAGAAGUAUCCAGGUCUGGGACAGGAGUGCUAUAACGAUUAUGGCUUAGGAUGUGUCGGCGGUUAUAAGCGUCUAUGGUGCAGAGAAGAUAUGGUAAGUCUUCAGCCCUUAAAGCUCGCCUAA